ACGUUCGUACUACUUCCGAUAUGAAUCAAGUGUUUGAUAUGUCAAAGAUUUGGCCUUUAUUUUUCAUAUGAUAUGGGGAUUCUUUUUAUUUCCUGUGUAAUUUUAAGUGUAAUAGAUAUUGCAGAAUGUAGUUAUUCGUAUAGCGUACGUGUAAAUACACAACAUGGACCGGUUGAAGGUUUUGCUAUUCCCUCGCAGUAUGCUGCCAGAUACAGAAAACAUAUCAAUAUAUUCCUCGGAAUUCCCUACGCAAAACGACCAAUAGAGUACAACAAUGACCCAAAACUCUAUAGGUUUAAGAAGCCAGAGAGACCAUACUGGGAGGGAGUGUGGGAAGCUAAAUCCUACAAACCAGCCUGCCCACAGCAUCUGUGGUAUGUCAGGGAAACUGUCCCAAACAUGGGCAGUGCCAACAUCAGUGAAGACUGUCUCUACAUGAACAUUUUCGCACCAAGUAAAACAGAAGAAAUCCCUAGUAAUAGUCCCACACUUUAUCCAGUAAUGGUCUUUAUCCAUGGUGGAGGUUACACCAUGGGGGCAUCACAGGAGUACCCUGGGGUCUUCUUGGCAGAGAGGGAUGUGGUGGUGGUCACAUUUAAUUACAGACUGGGACCACUAGGGUUUUUGUGUACCAAUGAUGCCAACUCUCCAGGGAAUUAUGGAAUGUGGGAUCAGGUCAGGGCCCUCGAGUUUGUGAAAGAAAAUAUAAGAAAUUUCAGAGGAAAUCCAGGGAUCAUCACCAUAUUUGGACAAAAUACAGGGGCAUCAAGUGUUGGCUUACAGAUUCUGUCACCAAGAAGUGUCAACCUCUUCCAUCGUGCCAUCAUGCAGAGUGGUUCAGACAGAAGUGAAUGGGCUAUCAUAAAGACUAACAAUGAUGCCCAAUAUUAUGCCCAGGAACUGGCCCGUGAACUGGGCUGCCCUACUGGAGACAUGUUCAGGUUAACCCAGUGUCUCAGGGAACAUAGAUCAUAUGGAGAGAUUGUAAAUGCUUCAUCCAAAGUCAGACUAAGGCCUGGUUCCGUUGGAAACCCCUGGGGUCCAGUAGUGGACGGGUCAUUGGUGGGGACAGUCAGUGCAUUUCUACCAGAUCAUCCAAAACAAAUGAGAGAACUGUACAAUUUCAAACCAAUUGAAGUGAUGGGAGGUCUCAACAAAGAUGAUGGGUCAUUCUUUAUUCCCAAUUUGCCAACUCUUGAUGAAGGCAUACAGAAGAUUCAGUUUGACAAUAUCAUUAAUGAGUUUCUUAGUGAUAGAGGUGUUCAAGAUAGUGUCACCAGGGAUGCCAUGAUUUACCAGUAUACAUACUGGCCACAGCCCAAAAAUCAGACCAUGAUCCUCCACAAGACCAUUGAUAUGAUGUCUGACUACAUGUUCGGCACAGGAAUGAAUGAAGCUAUGAGAUUUCAAACAGGAAAAAACAAAACAUUCUUUUAUGUCUUCAACUACUUCUCCUGGAAUGACUACCUUCCAUAUUACAGAGGUGUUGCACAUGGACAAGAACUUCAGUAUAUCUUUGGUUUCCCCUUCAUAAACCAGACUUACACAAACCUGCUGGGGCUUUAUCCUCGGCAGCAGUAUGACUAUGCGGACAGGAAUAUGAGUGAAUACAUGAUGAGUCUGUGGACAAACUUCUCAUCUUACGGUGAUCCUACCCCCAGGCGAUUUUCUAUGAUUAAUUUUAAGAAUGUGACUUGGGGACAGCAUAAUAUUUACAACCACAGCUAUUUUUACAUCAGCAACUCUUCCUACAACUACACAAACUUCAGACAGAAGGACUACGGAUUCUGGUCUACUUAUUUCCCACAGCUGGCCUCGCGCCCUCAAACAAUUGUCACUACAGCACCAUUAAAAGACACCAGUGAGAAUUUUCAGGUAUCUACCUGGUCUCUUACAGCCUUAUCAUCACUGCUGGUCAUCAUUAUAAUAGCCCUGUGUAUUGUAAACUAUAGAAAUAGACCCAAAGACUACUGAUAAAGAAUGGCCCUGUAAAGGGGGCCCAUUUACCAAAGACACAGAACAUAUAAAACCUGAAGGAAUUAAUUAGAUAUAAGAUCAUUUAAAUCAAAUUUUUUAUUCCUUUUAUGAUUCUUAAAAAUAUUGAUUUUAUAUUUUCAUAUACCUGUACUAUUUUAGUAACUAAUUUUUAUUCAUUCAAUUAUGCAAUGCUCAAUGAAUAUAUCACUUGUAUAUUAGAUAAAAGGCAAUAUUUACCUGUUUUUGUGAAACCUGUUAACAUUCUCCUGUACAUAUCAUUUUCAGUGAAUCAUUCCAUUUUUUUUUUACUAGGAUUAACUUGUUAUUUAUGUAUGAUUUAAACUUUAUUGAUUAAUUUUAUGACAUUUACAUUUCUUUAACAUUCCUGAAUUAUUUUUUUGAGGGUUGUGAAUGAUGCAAUAUUUGCAUUGUUAAAAUGUAUCUUGUUGUUUGUGUAAUGUGAAUUCAUCAGCAUAUUUUUUGCAGAUUUUAUAUACAUGUAUUUUCUUUAAUGUUUACAGUUGUACAAAUAUCAAGUGCCAUUUCAUUAUGUAUUUGUAACUUGACAUUUGCUUUGACAUUUAUCUGUAUGUGUAGUUUUGUUUGUGAGAGGGAACACAAAAAUUAUGAAUAAGUUCUUUUUUGUACAAUUAAUUAUUAUAUUAUUUUUAAAAUUCAUGAAGAGACAAAAUUGAACCUUUAUUUCUACCUCUUCUUGAUUGGUUUACCUAUGUCCUUGAGGAUUGACUGAAAAAUUUUUGCUGGAAUAAAUAUACAUAAGUUUAUA